AUGAGCAUCAGGAGAAAGAGCGUACAUGCAGAGUUGAAUGCCAUCUCAGAAACACCUCAGGCGACGGCGGCCAUUUCGGACACUGGAGACAGUCUACCUAGUACACAACAUGACGACCCAGCUCUCCCUGAAAAUGAAAAGCAUGAAAGCAAAGAAACAACCCAAACAUACCAAUUCGACCCAAAUCUCGUCUCACAACACCCAAAAGAAGUUGAUGAUUCAGCAAAAAGCGCUUCGAUAGAAAAUGGACCAGACGUCUCUGAGGCCACCAUUGCGGAUGACUCCCCAUAUCUAGAGGUACGCGCUGCCGUGCGAAACUUCGAUGAAGAUUUACCCGCAAGCACCAUCAGAGCUUGGACUAUUGGCCUUACAUUAACGACUCUUGGCGCCGGAAUAAACUGUCUAUUCUCCCUGCGAAACCCUUCCAUCUCUAUUACGACUUAUGCGGUGCAAUUGAUCGCCUUUCCCAUUGGUCGAGGAUGGGACCUGAUAAUGCCCGACAAAGUAUUUCAUCUUUUUGGACACCAAAUAAAUCUUAAGCCAGGAAAUUUCAACUACAAAGAACAUACAGUAAUUGUCUGUAUGGCGAAUGCUGCGUAUGCAGGUGGCGCAAUUUAUGCGACAGAUGUUUUGGUCAGCCAAAAACUUUUCUAUGGUCAGGAUUUCGGAUGGGCCUUCCAAUUACUAUUUGCAAUCUCAAAUCAGAUGAUGGGCUAUGGGCUUGCUGGAGUCUGCAGACGAUGGCUCGUCUGGCCAGCCGCAAUGAUAUGGCCCAGCGAUUUAGUAAAUUGUGUGUUGAUGUACACCUUGCAUGGUCGAAGCCUUCCAGGAAAUUUCGAGAAGACAAGCUGGACUGUAGGUAGAUAUCGAUGGUUUGUGUAUGUAAUGUGCGCAUCCUUCUUUUGGUAUUUCUUUCCCGGAUGGAUAUUUAAAGGUCUAUCUUAUUUUACGUUUGCAUGCUGGAUUGCCCCGCAAAACGUCAUUGUUAAUCAAAUGUUUGGAGGGUUGACUGGCUUGGGAUUAAUUCCCAUUACAUUUGAUUGGACUGUCAUUUCCGGAUACCUGAGUACGUUAUUCAUGAGGCCAUGGCAUGCAAUAAUGAAUACAAUGAUUGGUCUCUUGAUCUUUGUCAUUUGCCCGGCAUUAGGAAUACAUUAUUCAGGAGCCUGGAUGUCCGAUUACUUACCCAUACAGGAUUCUCGUAGCUAUGACAAUACAGCUCAGCAGUAUAAUGUCUCCCGAAUACUUAAUUCUAAACUUCAAUUUGAUGAAGCUGAAUACAAAUCCUACUCUCCGAUCUUUCUGUCGACUAACUUUGCGCUCUCAUAUGGCAAUUCUUUUGCAGCUAUAACGGCUGUCAUAGUUCAUACGAUUCUCUACGAGAGAAAGACUAUGUGGAAACAACUGAAAAUGGCCAGAAACCAGGAAGAUGAUUGUCACAUGAGAAUGAUGAAGAAGUAUAAAGAUGCACCAGACUGGUGGUAUUUGGCCACCUUUGCCGUUAUGCUUUGCCUAAGCUUCGUAGUUAUUUUAGUAUGGGAUACGCACUUUAAGUGGUGGGCUAUGAUCAUUUGUAUAAUAAUCCCCUGUGUGUUUGUAGUGCCAGUCGGAAUCAUUCUAGCGACGACAAACAUCUCAAUUGGGCUGAAUGUCCUUACCGAAUUUAUCAUUGGAUAUAUGACUCCCGGACAGCCAUUGGCUAUGAUGAUGUUCAAAAGUUACGGUUACAUCGUAAUGACCCAAGCACAAUAUUUUUUACAGGACCUAAAACUAGGGCAUUACAUGAAGGUGCCCCCAAAAACUCUAUUUUUCGCACAAGCAGUGGCAACUGUGUGGAGCUCCAUAAUUCAGAUUGUCGUAAUGAACUGGGCUCUAGAAAAUAUAGAAGGGAUUUGUUCGCCAGAUCAGAAGUCCUCCUAUACAUGCCCAGGUGGCAAUGUAUUUUUCACGGCAUCAGUAAUAUGGGGAGCAAUUGGACCUUCUCGAAUUUUUUCUAUUGGCUCUAUGUAUUCUCCACUCCUAUUGUAUUUUCUCCUAGGUGGUAUUUUACCAUUUAUCACACGUUUUAUGGCAAAAAAGUGGCCAAAAAGUAUCUUUCAAUAUAUCUCAGUGCCAGUUAUGUUUGGUGGUCUCGGUGCCAUUCCGCCGGCAACAGUUUACAAUCUCCUUUGCUGGGGAGCCGUCGGAUUCAUAUUUCAAAAGUACAUUCGUGACCGCUACAACGGUUGGUGGACACGAUAUAACUACAUAACAUCAGCAGGGCUUGACUGUGGUCUCAUUCUCUGCACACUUCUUAUCUUCUUCGCUCUACAGCUCACCAAUGCCCAGGCUCCAAAGUGGUUCGGAAACGAUAAAGUCUUUGAUAAUAUGGAUCAACAAAACAAGGCUAUCCGCAAAACUCUUGCUCCAGGUCAGAUUAUUGGCCCCUCAACUUGGGCUUAA